CAGUACUUCGUUCCCCCUUCCCGACUGACACAAAUCACUCUCAAGUGCAACAGCGGAGCGACAGUGCCCGUAGUCGCCGUGGACUGUGAUGAGUUCUAACCACCCGCCGCACAUUCUCAUCGCGCGGAACUCGCGGUCCACCCACGCCCCAUCAGCCUCGCUCUCUUCACCGACGGAGACUCACGCGGCGGCGGCGGGCAUCUUUCGUGCGUCUGGCUCUCCGCCAUGGCAUCUAGAGGAAUGCGAUCCGCGUCUUGCUAUGGAUGACAUGGUGUCGGAGCUGAGCAUCGACGUGGACGAUGAGGGCAGCAUAGACAUCGACGAAACGUUUACGUUGAAUGCGCGAUUUCCGGGCACGGUGAAGAUCAUCGUCGAGGGUACUACCUUCUGGGCACACAAGGAAGUAUUAGUGUUCGCGUCCCCUUUCUUCGAGGCGGCCUUGUCGGGUAACUGGGCGGAGACAGAAGCCCAAAGGCCCCAUUCGAUUUCAUCUACCAUUACCGUAUCGCAUGCUAAGGACGAGAUCAAGUUCGCAGAAGGGGACCCCGACCUGGAUCAUGACGAUACAGACGUGGACACAGACACGGGAGAGGACAAGGGGAAAGGAAGGGAAUACGCUCUGGUCAAGCUAGAAGGAGGGAGUGGACACGAGAGGAAGACAAGCUCUGCUAGCUUGAAUGACUUGAGCUCCAGCUCUAGUUCUAUGCCUGAGAGUAGCAGAGGCGAGAAGGGCAAGGCGAAGUCAAAGGCAAAGUCUCUUAUGGACGCUCACGCUACCGAGCGAGGCAGACGGAAGACCCAGGGCAAGCAGCAUGAAGCCGAGGCUGUCAUUGUGCUUAAAGAGGAAAAGGCCAGCACGAUCCACGACUUUCUCAAAUUCGUCUACCCUCACUUACAGUGUACUAUAACGUGGGCAAACGCGGAACCACUGAUACACCUAUCGCAUAAACUCUGCCACCCACCGCUCACCCGCGCGACCCUCUCUUUCCUCCUCAGUCACGCAGCAGGUCGCCCGAUCAAGGCGCUGCGCAUUGCUGAGGUACUCGGCGAGGAGGAACUCUUCCGAGAGGCAAGUCGGUUCGUACUGGACAACCCGAAUGGGUGGGAAGAGGAUGAGCUCGGCACGUUGAGCAAGGAGACCCUGCUGAAGCUCGAAAAGAGGCGGACGUGGUUUUUGGAGCGGGUUCUUAAGUUGGGCUUGAUACAGAUUGCGAAGGAGUACGAAUGCUGCGCCACCUGUCCUGACUCCACGACGUGCGCACGUUUACUCGAGGAAAAGUGGAGGCAGGCAUACCAAGCUUGCUUCCGCUUCGGACCUUGCCAACCCUCCAUGGUCUAUCGUUACCUUCGCACGUUCGAGGGUAUCAGUCCACCGCUGUCCUUGACCCAUUUGAGCUGUCAGACGCACGCGAAGGCGUUUGUGGCUACUCUGUUUGACCGGAUGUUCUCUCUGGGACAACGCGGAUCCGGUACGGAGCCUACGCCGCUGCGGUCGGCUGUCGGUGUCACUGUCCCGGCUCCGGGAACUGGCCCCCGCCGGCACUUCUUGUAUUGCACGCUCAAGAGCGAGCAGGGGACAGUUAGGAAGAAAUGA